CUCCCCUCAUCAAAAGAGUCCAAAUGACAUUCGAAUGACGUUCGUAACGCUAAUAAUAAACAAACGAACGUUUUUAUAUGCACAUAAUAUUAUUAUAUACAAUGUGUAAUGUGCAACAUGUACAUAUGUGAAUGCCAAAGGCUGCACCUGGACGAAUUACACACGCUAUAAUCGCAAAGAGGAAUUUUACAAAUAAGCAAAAACUGCGUUAAUCAUUGCGCAUAGCUCUUUUCCCACCCAAAUUACACACGUAUAUUCGUCCUUCCAUUAUUUGAAGUGUAAAAUAUAAGAAAGUCAAAAUGAAAGUAGCUCUUCUCAUAUUUGUCAUCCUCGCUUUGCUAAAUUGUAAAAGCUAUGGAAAGUCGAAAAUGAAAAAAAAAGGCAAAAAUGGAAAAAAGAAUAUAUCGUUGGGGGGCGACUUUUUGGGGGACAUCACCCCUCUGCCCAAUUCAGUAUACAACCUACAUGUUGAUUUGAACAAAAAUUACGUACUCAGUAGCUUUCUUUUAAACGAAAGCGAACGGAUAAAUGACACUCUAUUUUUAAUGUAUAAAGAACACUCGAAUACAGUGAAAGAACUCCAAGAAACCAUGGACCAAAGACAAAAGGCGAUAGAUCAGUUAAUUAACGAAAUGAAAGAACUCAAAAUUAAAUUUGAUUCCUAAAAAUGCACAAUUGUUUUGUUCGUGUCAGAUUUGCAUUUUUUUUGUGUUCACUUUGGCAUGUAAGCUGUGUCUCCUGCGUUGUAGGACAAGCUCCCCUUUCAUGGCUCAGCUUAGCCUCUUCUCUUUUGCUUUUCCCUCUUUUCGACUUUGCGUUUGCGUUUUAAUGUGCCAUUUACACGUGAAUUAAUUCCGUUGGCGCUAACGUUUGUCUUCGCCAAUUCGUUACAUAUCGAACAAAUUGUUUGUUUUUGUAAAUAAAUGUGUAUAAAAAAAAAUGCCAUCGAUCGGGUGUGCAAAACCCGUACGCGGGGG